GCGAGUACGCAGUUCACAAUCGCCCGCAGCAAAUCAACCACCCACGGUUGCCGUAGGAGUUUCUUCGCCUUGAAACGUCUUCGCCUUCGCCUUGAACGAGUCGCAGGCGCUCGUUCUCUUUCUGACAACGGCAUCUCGCAGCCAUGUUCAAAUGGCUUCACAAGGAUGGGAGCAACGACGACGCGGCGAAGAGCCUGCUUCCGGCCGCCAUGUCACCUCUCUCGAUGACACAAUCUCCGCACACGGCCUCCACGUCUAUGGGGGGCGAGCUGCCCUUCACGUCCGGUGGGAACUAUCGCACAGCGCUGAGAGGAACGGUGCUGGGGGUCACCGGACACAGCGCUGCGCAAAACACCAGUGGACACGUGAUUUCCGAGGCGGCCCACAGUUUCUGGAGCAUGCGCUCCGGGAGGCACAGUUCGCACUCUUACCUGCGAAAUGUGCACACCCGGGACCUGGCAUUCCUGGUGGCGCUCAUCCUUGCUGCGAGCUUUGUGGCACUGAUGCUGGUCGUGGCAUUCCGAGGCGGACAGGAUGGCAGCGAUCACGUGCUCGCGGUCGGUCGCUUUGGCGUGUACUACGGCACCAGGGCCAUGGUGUCCGGCGUGGCCGUGGGUGCUUUUCUGGGCGUUCCGUACGCCGACCCACGAACGCUGCGCUUCGGAGCACCCGUGCCCUGGCACCGCGAGCAGGAGAUGUUCGACAACACAUCGCCCGCACCGAGUUGCGCUCAGACGUUGCCAAGCCUUGACGAGAUGAAUGCGAGCACAUCGGAGGACUGCCUGCACCUCAACAUCUGGGCUCCGGCAUGCGGAUCUCGCACAUGCAGCGGCAAUAGGACGGUCGUCGUCUUCAUCCACGGCGGCUUCUUCCAGACGGGCAGCAACAACGACCCUCACUACGACGGCCGUGCGCUCGCCGCCUUAGGUGACGUAGUCGUCGUAGUGCCCAACUGGCGGCUGGGUGUGCUGGGCUUCCUUAGCCUGGCGCGCAGCGACGAAGUGCCCAUCAACGCCGGCCUGCUGGACCAGGCCGAGGUACUGCGCUGGACGGCCAGAAAUGUGGACGCCUUUGGUGGCAACAAGUCCGACUUGGUGGUCGUCGGCCACGGGUCCGGCGCCUCUGCUCUCGCUUACCACCUGAUGCUCGGCCACGGCCUGAGUGACGUCGCUCCGAUCCUCAAGGUUGUGUUCAUGAGCGAGAGCCCAAUGACCAGGUAUCCGGUGCCCAACGGAGGCCAGGAAAGCGCCCAGAGCGAGUACCCGAACGCGUCGGUGCGACUUCUGUGCGAGCAAAAUAAUUCCAGCCUGCUGAGCUGCCUGCGUAGGCUCCCAGUGGAGGAACUGUUGCGGAGGCAGCGCGGAGACCCGCGAGAGCUGCCAAAGUUCUUCCCCGUGCUGCCCGUGAUGUGGCCGACCAGGUUGUGGAAAGAUCUGAAGAUGCCUCGUAACGUGACGGUUCUCCUGGGAUUCUCGGAGUACGAGGGGCCGGACCUGAUGCACUUCUUCCAACGUUUCUUCCACCUGGGUGGCGAGCCAAGCCUGCACGAGCAUGUGCGUUCCAUCCUCAUGCUACUUCGCUUCUCGUCCGCCGAAGCUACGGCUAUACUUGACCAGUACUUCGAGGCGCAGGGUGCCAAGAACACCAGCUGGCUCGAGCAGCUCUUGUCCGACCUGCUGGCUGUGUGUCCGGUGCGCUUCUACGCGGAACGCCUGCGAGCCUCGGGCAACAACGUGCAUGGCUACGUUCUGCACUGCAAGAACGUUAACGGACAGUGCAUCAAGCCUCCAAGGGACUACGCCGCACGGCUGCUUUUUGGGUCCCCUCUGGUGCUGGACCCGUCGUCUUUCGAGGAGCAGGCACUGAGCCGAAUCGUGAUCGCGCGCUGGGCGCAUUUCUUCAAGACUGGAUGGCUCAGACCAGUAAUCGGGUCCAUUAAUCAAGAAACCAUUCAGGUCAACAUGAUAUCGCUCACAAAGCCUGCGUCGACAUGGACACCGGACUUGCGUAAAGAAGCGUGCGAGAAACUUAGGCCGUACUUCUCUGCUUUUAUAGAGUGAUUGACCAGAGACACCCCUGACUAACUGCCAUUUGUGUAAGCUUAGUGAUAUUUGUUAGAAGUUUACUACUGUUUUCUUUUUUCAUUAUUGCUUUCUAUUGCGUUAGAAUUUGCAAUAGCCUGUUAGUGAGUUCAGCUUGACCGUAACUUUUCUGGGAUAUACCAAUGUGCUUAGUUCCUGCGGCGCGUUAUUUGUGCACGAGAACUUUCCGUUUAGACGAACUAUUGCAGAAAUGAUAGAACUAGGAGGCACGUUGGUGCUCAUACACGUCUCACGUACGGACUGUUUCGGAUAGCAGUGCUGACUGUGGGCA